AUGACUUCCGAGGCUCCUGAGUCCACCUCACCAAUCACUGUCGCCGAGACCGAACACACGGUCAGAACCUCGGCCAGCGGUCCAAUAACGACGGAUCGCACGGCCGAGUCCAUGGGAGAGCAAGCAGUCGUCGAAGAUCUGAUGGCAAAGCAGGCCUACAGGAUAGAAACAUCCUUCUCCUCGGAGCUACGGACGCUUUUCCAGGAGAGGAUACCGGUGACGUCGUCCGCAACGCCCCCCAGAGCCUGA